ACGUGGUCAGCAAUGUGGGAGUAUGUGGCAUCCUUACCGACGCCUUUGGAGAAAUGUACCGUCGUCAGUCUCGUUCCAGCAGGUGUACGCGUUCGGAGGUUGCACGUCGAAUGCUCAUACUAUUACCAACUCGGCAUUUUUUACGACCCAACAUCAAACGUGUGGCACGAGUUGCCCCCGAUGCCGACUGCACGAUACUGCCCUUCCGCCUGCGUCGGAUCCGACGGAUGGAUCUACGUUAUUGGGGGAUAUGGAUCUCAGGGAAGUGUAGGGUGCGUGGAGGCUUUUAAUCCGACAACGAAGCAGUGGUUAAAGAAAUGUGACAUAGGCCGUCUUCUGUACGGCGUCGGAACGUGCUGCAUGAGUGACAAAAUUUUCGUUUUGGGCGGCAUUGAAAGAACUGAAGGUGAGAACACGGUAGACGUGUACGAUAUACUUUUGGACACAUGGACGCCCAGUGACAGCCAGUUGCCAAAUGGGCCUUCGGUUAUACUGUAG